AUGUAUGAUUUAAGCGAAUGCGUCAUCUGCUGCAAUACAGAGAAUAGGGAUUUCCGUAAAAUAACUUCAAAUUGUACUCAUAAAGCAGUUGUUUGUACGGAAUGUGCUAAUAAACACAUUCAAAAACAACUUGAUGAAAAACAAGAACUGCAAAUUCCUUGUCCUACGUGUAAGAAAAUAAUGGAAAGGCACGAUAUUAAACAGAUUGCAACAGAAGAACUCUUUACAAUGUAUGAUUCUCUUGCCUACAAAAUUGCAAUACAAAAAAUCCCAGAAUUCAGAUGGUGUAAAGCCCCUUGCGGAGCCGGACAAAUUCAUAUAGGGAAAGAUAAAGCACCAGUUGUCGUCUGUGAAAACUGUGGCGAAAAGUCAUGUUAUGUUCACGAAGUUAUCUGGCACACGGGUAAAACUUGCAGAGCAUAUGAAAUGGACAAGAAACAAUUGGACUUUGCUACUGAUGAUUAUAUUUCACGAAAUGCAAAGAGAUGUCCUAAAUGUUCCAUACCUAUCGAAAAAAUUGAUGGAUGUAAUCAUAUGACUUGUAAAUGCUCGUAUCAAUUUUGUUGGCU